GGUUGCAGCGGGGGCAUGGGGAGGGCGGGCCCUAGAGCGCCGCUCCUCCCCCAAAUUAGGAUUUGGAGCCUCACGUUCUCCCAGAAAAAACCUGUGAGUGCCAGGCCAGGGGCGGCGCCCAGGUGCGGAGGGGGCAAGAUACGGGCGUCUGCCGUCGCUAAGUGCCCCCUUCCACUUGAGGCACACCUUCGCCUCCGAUCCCAAACCUCCCGGGGACAGAGGCAAGUGGCAAAGCGGGGAGGGCGAAGGACUCCGCCGCCCCUCAGGAUGCCUGAGGGCCCUGAGCUGCACUUGGCCAGCCAGUUUGUGAACGAGGCCUGCGGGGCGCUGGUGUUCGGCGGCUGCGUGGAGAAGUCCUCUGUCAGCCGCAACCCCGAGGUGCCCUUUGAGAGCAGUGCUUACCGCAUCUCAGCUUCAGCCCGCGGCAAGGAGCUGCGCCUGAUACUGAGCCCUCUGCCUGGGGCCCAGCCCCCACAGGAGCCCCUGGCCCUGGUCUUUCGCUUUGGCAUGUCUGGCUCUUUUCAGCUGGUGCCCCGCGAGGAGCUGCCACGCCAUGCCCACCUGCGCUUUUAUACGGCCCCGCCUGGCCCCCAGCUCGCCCUGUGUUUCGUGGACGUCCGCCGGUUUGGCCACUGGGACCUUGGGGGCAAGUGGCAGCCAGGCCGCGGGCCCUGUGUCUUGCAGGAGUACGAGCAGUUCAGGGAGAAUGUGCUACGAAACCUAGCGGACAAGGCCUUUGAUCGGCCCAUCUGCGAGGCCCUCCUGGACCAGAGGUUCUUCAAUGGCAUUGGCAACUAUCUGCGGGCAGAGAUCCUGUACCGGCUGAAGAUCCCUCCCUUUGAGAAGGCCCGCUCGGUCCUGGAGACCCUGCAGCAGCACAGGCCGAGCCUGAAGCUGACCCUCAGCCAGAAGAUCAAGGCCAAGCUGCAGAAUCCAGACCUCCUGGAGCUAUGCCACUCAGUGCCCAAGGAAGUGGUCCAGUUGGGGGGCAAAGGCUACGGGUCAGAGAGCGGGGAGGAGGACUUUGCCGCCUUUCGAGCCUGGCUGCGCUGCUAUGGCAUGCCAGGCAUGAGCUCCCUGCAGGACCGGCAUGGCCGUACCAUCUGGUUCCAGGGGGAUCCUGGACCCUUGGCACCCAAAGGGCGCAAAUCCCGCAAAAAGAAAUCCAAGGCCACACAGCCGAGUCCUGAGGACAGAGUGGAGGACCCUUUGCCUCCAAGCAAGGCCCUUUCCAGGACACGAAGGGCAAAGAGACACCUUCCUGAGAGGACUGCAACUCAGCGGCCUGAGGGGACCAGCCUCCAGCAGGACCCAGAAGUUCCCACAGUGCCCAAGAAGGGGAGGAGAAAGGGGCGACAGGCGGCUUCUGGCCACCGCAGACCCCGGAAGGUCAAGGCUGACACCCCAUCCUUGGACCCGGAGGGGACCUCAGCCUCUUAGCAGGAGGGUCUCCUUGCUGCACCCACCCUUUCUUGUCUUGCCCUGAAUCUUGGGGUCUGAAUUCUUGGGAGCAGGCAAUAUCUGAAGGUGCAAACAGGCCCUAUGGCUGUUCCCUGCACAACUCUCAUGUUUUUAAUUGUACCCCACCUUCCACAUCUUUAAAGCUCAUGUGAAAAAUGCUGCAUUUUUAAUAAACUGAUAAAUUUGAACUUC